AUGCUCAGAAUAAAACCAUCAUCUUCAUCUUUUUUGUCAAGAUGUUUCAGCACUUCAUUCGUAGCACUGUCCAACAUUGGAAAACAGCCAAUUAAAUUGGGUGAAGGUAUCGAAUGUUUUACCGAAAGCAUACCCUUUGAGUUUUCGAAGAGAUUCUCCAAGGGAUCCCAGGUUAUAACCUUAGACAAGCAAAUUGUAGUAAAAGGACCUAAGGGUGUCAUGAAGACCUUGGUCCCAGACUUUGUAGAAGUAGCAAAUAAUGACGGAUUAAUUACUGUGUCUGUCCCAGACGCUUCUGAGAGAAUCCAGAGAACCAUGUGGGGAACAACCAGAGCUUUGCUCAACAAUAACGUUAUUGGUGUUACAGAAGGUCACUUGGCCAUUGUUAAGUUUGUAGGUACCGGUUACAGAGCAUCUAUAGAAGAUAUCCCAGGUAAGGCUGGUAAGAAGCAAGUUGUACUCAAGAUCGGUUACCCAUACUUACCCACAUUGGAGAUCCCAGAAGAGCUUACUGUUUCUUCACCAAAUCCUACUAGACUUAUUAUAGAAGGUGUGAACAAGCAACAAGUUAAGCAAUUUGCUGCGAAGAUUAGAGAACACAAGAAGCCAGAGCCAUACAAGGGUAAGGGUAUUUACGUUGAUAAUGAAACCAUCAAGUUGAAGGAAAAGAAGAUCAAAUAG